CCGCUAGUUUUAGGUGACGGAUCCGCAUCGCGCUAUAUCCAGCCAGAGAGCGGUCUUCGUUCCAUCUUGCGCCUCAACUCCUCAAACAACUCCCCCAUCAAAGCCCAAGAAAACCCUCUCGCAAAUCGCGACCGAUUGCUUUUCAAUCUGCGUGCUGGACUAGGGCUCAGCCCAUCUAAAGAAGGGACUUCCCACGGUUGGAACGUCAGGUUUUCAACAUGUCCAGCAACAACACAAGUACGGGCAUCUCAGGUCCCGAGGCAACAACCGCCCCUGGGACUCCUGCUGACCCGAAUACAGCAACGGUCAACGACCCUACCACGGCGGCCCCGCCUGGGCCGACCACUAUCAUCAGCACCACCUCAGUACCGUCAGUGCAGCCGCCUAUUAGUACGACUUCCUCGGCUUUGCCGACUUCUCCUUCAUCAUCCUCAGCUAUACCACCACCAUCGCCAUCAUCAACGCCUACUACCUCGACGACGCAACAGCCGCCACCAAUAAGCUCUACCACAGCUCCGCCAACGACAUCAACACCGGCGCCGCCCACCACUACGCAGCAGCCGAGCACGGAAACUUUUACUAGCGUCCAGAUUAUCACGACUGAAGGGGAAACACGAACCAAGAUUACGCAAAUCAUUACUACCGAGACAGUAGUACCCUCCGCGAACCCCACCACCUCCAGUUCUUCGACCACCACAUCGGCCGGGGCCAUUGAUGCUACUAAGGGUGCUUCCUCUGGCGGUGGUGGAUUGGGUAGCGGUGGGAAGAUUGCCAUUGCGGUAGUGGUGCCCAUUGUUGCCGUUGCCCUUUUGGUAUUGGCCGGUAUCUUCCUCUGGAGAAAGCGGAAGCAAAGGAGGGAUGCCGAGGAACAGAGGCGAAGGGAAGUGGAGGACUAUGGCUACAACCCCAAUGUCGACCCUACGAUACCUGCCGUUGCCGGCGGUGGUGCUGCUGGAGUGUACGAGAUGAGGGAGGAUGGAACGUCCGGGUACAGGGGCUGGGGCUCUACGACCCUCGCGAGUUCGGCUGGAAGGAAGGCCUCAACGACCAUUUCAGGCGGCAUGCCUGGCGUUGCCUAUUCCGACACCACAUCGCCAACCCGGGGAACCGUAUCUGACGCACGAUCUGGCGAGCCGUUGAUUGAACCACCUUCGCCCGAAGGCGAGAUCCUGGGAGCAAUGGGACCUUCAGCCGGUGAUAGCCCAGACGCCAAUGUUCACCGAGGACCCUCAAACGCCUCGUCUCAUUACAGCGCAGCUGCCCGCUCUGACGAGUCCGGCGAGGCCCCUAUCGGAGUUGCCUAUGGAGGAAGAACUAGUUAUUAUGAGCCGCAGUACGGUACCGCUAAACCAUACAACGCCCCCGAGGGUGCCUAUAACGGACCAGUUGCCCCGAACAACUUUACUCCCGCAGGACCCCCGGUCAUUCGAGAUGUUGUGGCGAGGCGGAAUACUCGCAUUGAGAAUUCCGGACAUUACCCUCAGCAAACGGCUGGCAUCUCGCAGAAUUUUUGAAGAACAAGAACUAGUUAUUGACGGUCGUCGCUAGUUAUCUCUUUGUUUCGACCGCUGUAUAUCAUGGUCCACGCGUCGUUUUUUCCCGCUCAUAGGAUACCCAUUUUGACUGUUCGAGUCGCGCUAUCGUUAUUGUUUUCGCUCGGCAGAAA